AUGCCUUCAGAUAAAAUUGACAAGAAGCGCAAGCGCGCCUCAGACCGUCAUGAACGUCCGAGUAAAAAGCCUGCGCUGGAAUUGCAGGACCUGCCGCCUCUGGCCUCCAGCGUCGUCGACGACCAUAGCGAGCUGGCUCCAGUGAUCAUGACAACCCCCGGUCUCAACGCACCCCAAAACCUCCACCUGAACCCCUUCCUCAAGAACCGCGAAAGCCAGUCUUCCUCAGCAGCCUCCACCAGAAACCGUGGGAUUGUCUCCUCUGAGCUCCUGCUGCAGUCGUCCGAGCACCCCAAGCUGGACUUCUUGGGCCGUGAGGCUAACGAUGAUGCCGACUCGCAAUUGAAGCACUAUAUUGCCGUGGUGGACCCGGAAAAGAAGACCUGGCAGUUUGUCGAGGCGCGCAAGGUGACGCUUAGAGGUGCUGUGAGAAGAAUGCAACCUGCUGAAGAGGAUGAGAGUAGCGAGGAUGAGGAGAUGCAAACAAUGCGCUCGCAACGAACAGCCCUCACCAACACCUUUGGAACGAAACAAUCCCGCAAAGCAGCCCAAUCCAUGGCAGAAAACGCUCAGCUGUCCAACGCUCCCGCUGGCGCAGCCAACGCCGCUGAGUCGGCCAUCCUCUCGUCUAUGCCCACCGACGGCCCUACAGAUAUCGCCUCCAAGGCCGCCGCUGUCCAGGCCCAGGUCCAAGCCAACAAGCCCAUUCCCCGAGCCAACCUCGAAGCCAGCCAACCCGCCGACGUGUACCCGAUCGACGUCCUCGUCCCCAACGGCUUCUCCACCCUCCAGCAACUCCCAGGUAUCAAGGAAUGGCAGGACGCCGUGUCCUCCGGCCGCGCCGUGGCCUCGACCUCUCGCUACGUCUCCCGCCGUGUCGAAGGCGUCGUCCGAUCCGGCAACACAACUCACAUUCAAAUCCUGCGCUUCAUCCUCCUCCUCUUGGAAUUCACCCGUUCCCUCAAGGCGGGCCGCGAUCGCACCAAGCGUCUCCCUCCCCGCGAAGAACUCCGCCGCGCCCUCUCCUCCACUGGCGAAUCCUCCGAAUCCCUCCCAGACCCCGUCAUCGACGCCAUCCGUCGCAAGUUCGCUCCCCAGGGCUCCAACCUCGGCAAAAACGACAUCACCUUCCUCCACACCACCAUCUGCGCCUUAUCCCUGCACAUCCCUCCCCGCCCUGCAAAGGACGGCGGCGCCAGCUCGCAGGGUGGUAACGCAGCUAAUGAACUGGCUACUGACCCCUCCGAUCUGCGUGAUGACCUGCGUCUCGAUAACCCCAGCAUCACCCAGUACUUCCGUGAAUUGGGCUGCCGCGUCGACAAGCCCCGCGAGUCCGAGUUUGCCAAGUGGGACAUCAAGGGUGGAAAGGCCGAGGCUGCUGCCCGCCGUGUCGCUAGAUUGAAGGUUCCUGUUGAAUUCCCCAAGGUUAGCCGUGGAGGCAAGAGGUGA